CGUACCACCAAGGAAUUUCGAACCAAGGUGAAGAAUUGCCAUUGAAAGUUAAGAAUCUUUAAUAAACAUCUUGAUUAAAAACAAGAAAGACGGUAUAGAGAUACCCUUUGAAAUUUGAGAUUAUAAUUCUCGAGAACGACGAAAAUUGGUGAAGGAACAGGUCAGAACGAAAAAGUAAAGGAAAGCCAGGCUGUGAAGACGAUGGACGAAUCAGAAGAUUUAUCGGAUCAAUGGAGAUUUGCCCAAUGUUUUGGCGACAAGGGUGAUGUUGAGGACAUCACAGAAGCUGAUAUUAUUUCAGCGGUAGAAUUUGAUCAUACAGGAGAUUACCUUGCAACGGGUGAUAAAGGGGGACGAGUAGUAUUAUUUGAACGAAAUCAUUCCAAAAAAGGUUGCGAAUACAAGUUUUUUACGGAAUUUCAAAGUCAUGAACCAGAAUUCGACUACUUAAAGUCGCUAGAAAUUGAAGAAAAAAUCAACAAGAUUCGUUGGUGUCGUCGAACGAAUCGAGCACACUUUUUGCUUUCAACGAACGACAAAACGAUUAAGUUAUGGAAGCUUUAUGAAAAAAACCUGAAGGUUGUUGCAGAAAACAACCUUUCUGACGAGUUUCGUCACCCUCGCCCUUUGCUGAAGCCCUUUACCGUACCAAUGCAGCUAAAACUUCCUCGCCUCAGCCAUCAUGAUACGAUUGUUGCUGCAUAUCCUCGUAGAGUGUAUUCCAAUGCCCAUGCCUAUCACAUCAACUCCAUCAGCGUGAACUCUGAUGCUGAGACCUACAUUUCAGCAGAUGACCUUCGCAUCAAUCUAUGGAACUUGGGCAUAUCAGACCAUUCUUUCAAUAUUGUGGACAUUAAGCCUGAUAACAUGGAAGAGCUGACAGAAGUCAUUACCAGUGCCGAGUUUCACCCAAUCAAUUGUAACCAUCUAAUGUACAGUAGUAGCAAAGGUAAUAUUAAACUUUUAGAUCUUCGUCAGUCCGCUCUUUGUGAUAAUCAUACAAAGCUUUUCGAAGAUCAAGGAGAUCAGGACUCGAAGAGCUUUUUUUCUGAAAUCAUUUCUAGCAUUUCAGACAUCAAGUUCUCGCAAGAUGGCCGUUAUAUUUUAUCUAGAGACUAUUUAUCAUUAAAGAUUUGGGAUAUAAAUAUGGAAAAGAUGCCAGUGAAAACGAUUCCUCUUCACGAUGUCUUGAGAUCAAAACUUUGUGAUCUUUAUGAAAAUGACUGUAUUUUUGACAAAUUUGAAUGCACGUUCUCUGGAGAUGGAAAGCAUGCUUUGUCAGGAAGUUACAGUAACAAUUUUGGUAUUUAUCCUACAGAUAGCUCUAAACUUGGCGAUGAAGAUCAAGUUGUUUUACAGGCAGACAAGGCUGCUUUUCGAGCUAGGAAAUCAGCCGCAAGCUCUACCGUUAAACUAAAUUCUAUCAAAAAUAACGAUUGGGAUUCCAGGGCACCUGCUCCCAUGGGCUCCGCAUCAAUUGGACUUGACCCCGAUCAACUUGAUUACAAUAAGAAGAUUUUGCACGCCAGCUGGCAUCCUUUUGAAGACUCCGUUGCUAUUGCUGCAACGAAUAAUUUGUUUGUAUUUAGCAAGCUCUAAGAUGUCAAUGUGUAACUCUGUCUUAUUUCUUUUGAUAUUUGCAAUCUCAUGGGCACGUUUGUUAUUAGACGGAGAUAGAAAGUCAAGUUUGUCUUUUAUUUGCUCAUUUGUCUAAUAACCAAUUUUAACGGAUUUGUAUUUUGUUACAUGUGUUUGAUCAACGAUUAAUGAUGGGAAGUAAAACUUUUAGGACUAAUGAUAAUAUCUUCGUUUGUAUUUUCCCUUUUGCUCUCCCUUUUUUCCCUUUUUAAGAAUAUUGCUCUGCGCAAUAUCUUUAACUUAUUUUUUUUCUUCUAAGAGAUCAAUAUAAUGAUGAUGGCAGGUGCAACUGCUUUUGUUGCUACAAAUUCAAACGAAAGAUGUUUGUUCAAUGAAGAAUAAUCCUCAAAGUUUUAUAUAAAAGGAUGUUAUUAUUUCUGGAGUUCUUGAUAGAUAAAAGAACGAGGAGUUGAAUGUUCCAGUAGUUAUUGGAAAAGUACCCAUGAAGGGAAAAACAAAAGGGGGGUGUUCAAUGAAUGAGUAUGAUACAAGCUAUCAUUUUUUAAUUCAUACUCGUAAUGAAAAUUCUCCUAGGAGUGAUUGUUGAAGCAGGUUGUUGAUGCGUGCUCAGAGAAUGAUGUACACAUCUUGAAAGCUAAGUUUUAUGGAUAAAUAAAAUUCAGUGCAACAAACAAACUAUUUUUGACGCAGAGCUAUGUUAUAA